AUGGCUACCCCAAUCGAGAGCCACCCUCGGGCAAGCCUUCACCCACUAUGGACACCUUCAUAUAACCAAGGAGGAUUCCCUCGUUCCUCGACUUCAAGCAGACCUACUGCUCCUAGCUCGUAUUACAGCCCAUCCGAUCGUUCACCCAAAAGCCUGCCCACUCCGGUAUUUCCUUCCAACGAUGGCUCAAUGAGACAGCAUGAGCGCGCCAUGGUCGACCGCCUCGGCUCCAGACUCCGACAAGCUCCAGGCUCCGGUGACCUUAGCCCGCCCAAGUCAGCAAACCGGCCGAGUCCGCUUUCUCCUCUCGCAGAGCACUCAGCAAGUGACGGUAGACGUUAUUCGGCUGCGCCUAUAAGCCCUCGCCGGCCAGGUCCGCCGCCAUCAGCAACUCCGGUCUCACCACCUAUGGCUAGCAGUGUUCGAAGGCAGACUCUUGCAGCGGAAACUCGAUCGAUGCUUCUCGCCGGUCUGGGCGAAGAGGCACAACGACGACAGUCUGUAGCAGGACCCGGAUACGUCGCCAGGUCCAGGGAGGCUGAGAAGCGCGUUCAACUUGAGCAGCUACGAGCAUGGGGUCAUGUGUAUCUUGGUGAUGCCAAAACCUCCGACGUCUUCGUUCAAGCCAUGUCUCUUAAUCGUCGAAGCUCCAAUGCGAGCACCAACUCGGAUCAAUCUGCUGGAGGUUCUUCGCCCCCACGAAUGCCGUCCACGCCGACUCUCCCACCUCACCAGCGUCAAAUGAAGUUUGGAGUUCGUCCUCGAGCUCUGGAUCGCAAACCGAUGCUCAUCACUCACACUUUCGACAUUGAGCAGUUACGCUCCACCAUCGCGGACCCGUUGCCAAGUCCUGUUCCCGCGGAUCAAAGACGGCGGCCAUCUCUGCAUACUCAGGCCACUUCACCGCUGCCAAAGGUCUCAUCUCCUCGACCGAGCGCGGCACGAAGACGGUCGAGCAGUGCAAUCCACAGCACGCUCCCUUACAGCCGCGGGCUAAAAUCUGGAGAUCCCCGCGCGGCUUCAUCGCGUGGCGCCGACACUAUACCAAUCCAUCUCCAAUACGCCAGGUCCUCACUCCCGGUGUUGGCGGCUAUCAUCGUCUCUGGUACAGUCCAGGCUGGUGACGUUGUCGAGUUGCCAUUACCGUAUCCCGAAGUGUGGUCCCAAACAGUCACCUAUGUCUACACGGGACAAGGGGACUUGACGGAUGCAGUCAAAGAGAACAUCCUCUACCUUGCAGGAAAGGUUUAA